AAGUUAUUUCCCAAGAAAUUUUUCUGGCCAAAAGAUAAAGAGUUUUUCAUUCUUCAUUGCAUUUCCUCUCUACAAACUCAUAAAGAAAAACAGAGUCGUGUGACUUCUCUCCGAUCGUUGCGUUCGUCGGAUUCUGGUGUUUCAAGUACCGGUACAGCCAGAAAAGGUACGUCCGUUCUAUCCUGGGAGGAAUAGUUCCAAUAACCUUGGGUACCGUAGAGGGGAACUAAAUUCCUUAAGGAGAAAUAGUGAAUUCUAUUGGCUCGGGCGUUGUUUGUGCAUGUGUCGAUUUCUAUAUAUGACUUGUGUGGCAAGAAACAUACUUUUGUGAAACGUUUUCCAUAACAAUCUUAAGGAAUUUAUUAUUCACGUUUACUACUAGCAUAGCAAAGUUGAUAUAGGAUUCUGUUAGUUUGAUUAAUCUGUCGAGCGAUUAAGUGUUGAUAUUCCAAUUAAUGAUAAAAGUGAAAAUGUACCGCUCGGUUCCUUUUUGCUUUAAGGAAAUUUGGAUAUAUACAUCUUCGGCAUAAUAUAUUCUGUUUAUUGUGGUGAUUAUGCAUGUAAUAGGGUUCUGUUUUGAAUCGGGUCAUUAUAUGAACAGUGCUUCACGCUGUGCGAAAUUAGUUUCCAUGCAUGUAUAAGAAUUGAUUUAGCCUCUCAUCAGAAGGAUUCCGAUUCCUUUAUUGAUGAUAUAAACUGGGAAGUUGAUAGAUCAGUGCAUUCGAUUAUGCAUGCAAAGUAGUGUUGUCUCCUUGACUAAACCCAUGAAAUGCAUUGGUCUGUGGAAAUGAUAUGCAUCUAUUGGCAUAUGUGUUUGUGCUUCUUUGCUUUUUGAAACGUCGAGUUUGGCAUCUUUCCAUGUAAUCUCUUCAUCUCAAUGCUUCAAAUUUGGCUGCGUGAGUGGUUCUCUAUUUCGGCAUGCUUAAGAAACCGAAAGAAAGAAUGGCAGAGUUUGGAAGGGUUUUUUUUAUCUCUAAUUCACUGUUCAUUGCAAGAAAAAAAAACCUUGGUUUCUGAUUUGGUCAGUGUGUUCAUUCUGUUAGAAAAGAAAAUGGUUGUUAGCACCCCCGCAGUAUGGAGUCCAACUCACGAGGAUGAUGAUGAUGACGUCAUAGAGGUCAUCAAUAUCGAAUCAGAUCCGGAGAUCAUUGAUAUCUCUACUCCCGAAAUGGAGUUUGACUGAUUUGAUCAGUGUGUUCAUUCUGUUAGAAAAGAAAAUGGUUGUUAGCACCCCCGCAGUAUGGAGUCCAACUCACGAGGAUGAUGAUGAUGACGUCAUAGAGGUCAUCAAUAUCGAAUCAGAUCCGGAGAUCAUUGAUCUCUCUACUCCCGAAAUGGAGUUUGACAAUGAAGAGUGGUUCGAUUUUUUUGACGAUAGCGGGGCUUGGCUAUAUAAUGACAUUGGUGGAGAGCAUCCAACCAAUUAUUGGACUCUAGAUGAUAUACCCAUCUAUGAUUGGUACUCACUGGGUCCUAAUGUGGAUGAUUUGGGCACCCAUGUGGACUCGAUGGAGAGUAUGGGGGAAGUUGAGGAAUCGGAGAACGAGGAGGAGUACUCCGACAUAGAGACCGAUGAAUGCCUCUCUGAUCCUGACUUCGACCCCAAGAAUCCUUAGGAUUCUUCUAUAUGUAUUGUAAUCUCCUUUGAGGAGUAGACAUAUGUAUGUGUGUAUAUAUACAUACGGUAUUAGUAGGUGUGUACCUAUGUAAUUCGUGUAUUUACAUGAUGAAGGAAGGACAAAUGUUCUUAUCUCCCAAGUGGAAAAAUUAGUUGGAUAAAACCUUACGAGUUUGUUUGUUUCCAAAAUUAACCACAAAGUUUUAAUGCUUUAAUUGCAUUGGUCCAUCUCAAUUAUGUGGCAUGGAUGAAUGACAAUUGUACCAAUUUAAUUUGGACACUUUUUCCAUUCAAGGUGAUGCAUGAGAUGAUGGACGUACUUAUGAUAGUCCUUCAUGGACUCUAAGUAACGGUGGUUUGGAUAGUAAUAAACUAUCCAGUGGGAA